UGUAGAAAAGGCGACAUAAUUUUAGAGUGAAGCGGUGAAAUAAAGAGUAAAAACUUCGACACUUUCGUCGUCUUGAGUAUCUCAAACAAACUGCAUUCCUUCUCUUGUCUCGCUCAACAAACAGGAAACACACGUACUACAAAAAAAAAGGGGGAGAAAAAAAAGAAAAGAAAUGAUUGACGUGGCCGUUUAGCCACUGACGUGUAGCGAACCCUCGCACGCAACCAAUCAGCUUAGAGAAGAAGGGCGGGACGUCCUGUGUAACGUGAUGCAAAUUCGACGGUCAAGCUUGUUAGUCCCACCUUUUUGUGUUUCCCGCACCGUCAAUCAAAAAAUAGGAGAAAAAAAAAAAAAAUCGACCCGAAUUCACCGAUCAUCAACACUUAGCCCGCCUUUUGAUAAAAUAAUCAUGUUUGGAGUUCAGUUGAUGAGAUAAUCCUCCUCGGUUACAACCGCUCGAGCUAUGACCGCUACGUAAAAAACGGUUUAAGCGCGCGACUGAAAAUCGGGAGAAAUGGCGUCCGCGGACGUGGACAGCAGUCAAAGCGAGUUUCUGCAACCCGGCGGCGGCGGCGGCGCAGCGGAAACACAGACAACAGACAUGUCGGCCAUUCAGCUGACCGGUUCGGACCGAUGGGAGGUGUUAACCCCCGUCUCGACCGGGAAGGAAGACCAGGGAGUUCUCCACAUUCCGAACUCUGGGAUUGUAACGUCCAACGGGCAGUAUGUGCUUCCUAUCGGGAGUCUUCCCAGCCAGCCCAUCUAUGUUACAGCAUCUGGGAACGAUGCUGCAGCCAAUGGCGUGUCGGGCAUUCAGUAUCAGGUCAUCCCCCAAAUCCAAAAUGCAGAUGGGACGCUUGCGGGGUUCUCAACACAGGGAUUGGAUGAUGGCACGGGGCAGAUCCAUCUCCUCCAGGAUGCUAGCCAGGGUACCAUUGGAAUCAGCUGUGCCACAACGACGACCACAGACCUCCUGACUCAGGCGGGGCAGGUACAGUCGAUACAAGGCCUGGCUGGGGGGUCGGCGUACACCAGCACAGUACCCGUAGGGCUGCCCGGCAACAUAACAUUCGUCCCCAUAAACAGUUUGGAUUUGGAGUCACUAGGGCUGACCGGAGCGCAGACGGUCCCCAUCGCAACAGGGGUAACACCCGAAGGUCAGCUGAUCAUGAGCAGUCAGACUCUAGAGAGUCAGGGUCAGGACGCCGGCGGCAAACAGUCGCUGAGCGACGGCAACCAGGAACUCUACGUGCCAACCACCACCACUUCCUCCUCCAACUCCUCCCAUCUCCCGGAGACCAUCGACGGCACCGGGGUCCUGACGCAGGCGACCGCCGUGUCUGCGGGUGUGUCGGACCCCUCCUCCUCGGCGAACUACAACUCCCACAACCACCUGCAGCAAAUCCAGGUCUCAUCCUCCAACGCCACCACUAUCUCGCAGCCCAUCCUGCAGCUGUCUGGGGACGCUCAGGCCCAGGUAGCCCAGGUGGCUCAGGGUCAGGACCUGAACGCAGCAGGACAGACUCUACAGAGCGUGCAGCUGGUCAACCCGGGGACCUUCCUCAUCCAGGCCCAAACUGUCACCGCUACCGGACAGAUCCAGUGGCAGACUUUCCAGGUUCAGGGUGUUCAGUCGCUCCAGGGCCUCCAGCUGCCGCAGGGGCAAGGACAGGCCCAGCAGCUGACCUUAGCCCCUGUUCAGACUCUCCCUCUGGGCCAGACAGGUCAAGUUAGCCUGCCCAACCUCCAGACAGUCACAGUGAACUCUGUAACACAAGCUGGAGUUCAGUACACACAGGGGGAUGAUGCAAACAGUCCAGCUGGCAUCCAGAUAAAGGAGGAGCCAGACUCUGAAGAGUGGCAGCUGAGCGGGGACUCCACGCUGAACCCAAGCGACCUGAACAACCUGCGUGUUCAGAUGGGAGACGAGGACAUGGAUACGCCGAGCGGGGAGGGAAAGAGGCUCCGCAGAGUAGCCUGCACCUGCCCCAACUGCAAAGAGUCUGGAGGAAGAGGUUCAGGCAUGGGGAAGAAGAAGCAGCACAUCUGCCACAUCGCCGGCUGCGGGAAGGUUUACGGGAAGACGUCUCAUCUCCGAGCUCACCUGCGCUGGCACAGCGGCGAGAGGCCCUUCGUCUGCAACUGGAUGUUCUGCGGGAAGAGGUUCACCAGGAGCGACGAGCUGCAAAGACACAGGAGGACGCACACAGGAGAGAAGAAGUUCGUGUGCACGGAGUGCUCCAAGAGGUUCAUGCGGAGCGACCACCUGGCCAAGCACAUAAAGACUCACCAGAAUAAAAAAGGCGUUCCCUCCACGUCUCCGCCCGGCACCGUCAUCACUGCCGACGGCACCACGCUCAUCCUCCAAACCGCCACCCACGACCUCGUAGGCAAUCAGGAGAUCCCUUUACAGCUGGUCACGGUGGCGCCCGGUGAGGUCAUGGAAUGAGGGGGGGGUGAACGGGGGGCGGUGCUUUUGAGAACUGACCUAUCACAGGGACCUCUUGGGCUUUUCUCUUUCCCUCUUACCUUUUUUUUUGUUUUGUUUUGUUUUGUUUUGUUUUUGUUUGUUUUUUUACAUAUGAAUAUAUACGUAAAUAUAUAUGACAAAUAUAUAUAUUUUAAGUAAGAGUUAUCAUGAC